AUGCGUUUGACUAACUUGAUCGCUACCACCUCUAUGGUCGGUGCUGCUUUGGCAGCACCUGCUGCGGCACCUGGUGAUGGUCACCAGCACCACAAGGACAGACGUGCUCUCGUCACCAAUACCAUUAUGGAAAAGGUUACCGUUGCUAUCACCGGUGCCCAAGGUCCAACCACUCUUGCCGCACCUGUGAGUGGCUCCAGCGUAUCUCCAAUCACUCCAUCCGAUUCAUACUCUCACCAAGCACCAUUGCCAACUAGCUCGCAAUCCAGCUCUGGUAGCGGAUCAUCUUCUGCUUCUCCAUCAUCUUCUGCUGCUCCUUCUAGCACUAGUGGUUCCUCUUCUCAAGCACCAUCUUCUGCUUCUUCAAGCUCUUCCUCAGCAUCUCCUUCUUCUACUGGUGGUGGUUCUGGUACUUCUGGAAGCGCAGGUUCCUCUGGUUUCAAGGGUAUCACCUACACUCCUUACAACAGCGAUGGUUCUUGUAAAUCAUCCUCUCAAGUUAAAAGUGAUUUGGAACAAUUGAGUGGUUAUCCAGUCCUAAGACUUUAUGGUACCGACUGUGACCAAGUGGCCAACGUCUUGCAGGCCAAGUCCGAUUCCCAAAAGGUUUUUGCAGGCAUUUACUACGUGGACAGCAUUUCUGAUGGUGUUCAAACAAUCGCAGACGCUGUUGAGAAAUACGGUUCCUGGGAUGACAUUGUUACCGUUUCCAUUGGUAACGAAUUGGUUAAUGGUGGUCAAGCCGUUCCAUCUCAAGUUGGUCAAUACAUUGAUGAAGGUAAAUCUGCCUUGAAAAACGCUGGUUACAACGGUGAUGUCGUUUCUGUGGACACUUUCAUUGCUGUUAUCAACAACCCAGACUUGUGCAAGUACUCUGACUACAUGGCUGUUAACGCUCAUGCUUUCUUCGACAAAGCUACCGCAGCCGAAAAUGCUGGUUCCUGGUUGUUGCAACAAAUCCAAAGAGUUUACGAGGCUUGUAGCGGUGAGAAGAAGGUUAUUAUUGUUGAAUCCGGAUGGCCAUCUCAAGGUCAAACCUACGGUUCAGCCGUUCCAUCCAAGUCAAACCAAAAGGCCGCUGUUGAAGAUAUCGCUAAGGUCUGCGGUGACGACACUUACGCUUUCACUGCUUUCAACGAUAUGUGGAAGGCUGACGGUGCAUACGGUGUCGAAAAAUGGUUCGGUAUCCUAAGCAGUGACUAA